CCAGCCAGCAGUGGGUGUUUAAUGGAUGGAUUAUCACAUUACACCGAGUUUAGUUACUUUAUAUUCUAUCAAAGACCCCAAACCCAUAUACCCACGAAAUCGAGUGUAGGUCAGCCGUCACAUCACCUGCCCACUGAAAUUCACACCAGCCGCAGUUAAUUCGCAAUUGUCCGACGUGACAGAAGCAAUAAUGCGGUGCCAUAAUCCGGGUGUCAUCAUUACCAUCUUUCUGGUGCUGAUUUUCCAGCCCGUCCAGGGGAUUGUGAAUCCUGCGAACGAGACGGCCAACACGGUGAUCUUCAUGCUGCCCGAAAAGGACUUGGGACCCGAGGUGUGGAAGGCCGGAGUGAGCUGCCUGGAUAGGUUUUCGCAAAUCUUCUUCUAUCGAAAGCCGACGGAGCGCUUCACCAGAGCCUACAACUUGAUGCUGGUCAAUGCCUUCAAUCUGUCCAGUCCCGCGGAUCAGAUCGUGGCGGGAUUCAGCAAGCUCAUCAACGAAGCAGCCACGAAUCCCACGAAUGACAGGGAGGAGCUCUUCCAGAUGCGCGUGGCCACCGAUUACAACAGGACGAAAGCGACCAAAGAUAGAGUUGGGGGAGAGCUGAUCCUGGCGGACAACUAUGUGAUAGUGGUGGACUCGGUGAAUCGACUCAGAGUCCUGAUGAACAAUACAGUCAUUAAAAUGCGAUCCUGGAAUCCAGGAGCACGUUUCCUGGUCCUCUUCCACAAUGCAACAUUGCGGAAUCGCGCUCUUGACGUAGCCACCAAUAUCUUCAAGGACCUAAUGAACCUGUUUUACGUGCACCGAGUGGCGCUGCUCUAUGCCAACUCCUCCAUGAACUACCAUCUGCUGGUCAACGACUACUACAGCAAUGUGAACUGCCGCAUUCUGAAUGUGCAGAGUGUGGGCCAGUGCCACGAUGGCGAACUUUACCCCAGCUUAGCUGUGGUCAAGGCCUCCAUGGUGGACUACGUAUCGGGAUUCAGUCCCAGGAACUGCACCUUCUUUGUCUGCUCCUCCAUCUCCGCUCCCUUUGUGGAGGCCGACUGCAUCCUGGGACUCGAGAUGAGGAUCCUGGGAUUCAUGAAGAAUCGACUGAACUUCGACGUUAACCAAACCUGCAGCCUGGAGUCACGUGGCGAAAUGGAGGACCAUACCAACUGGACUGGCUUACUGGGGAAGGUGCAGAACAACGAGUGCGACUUUGUGUUCGGCGGCUACUAUCCGGACAACGAGGUGGCCGACCACUUUUGGGGAUCCGAUACCUAUCUGCAGGAUGCGCACACCUGGUACAUCAAGCUGGCGGACAAGCGACCCGCCUGGCAGGCGAUGGUUGGCAUCUUUGAAGCCUACACCUGGCUUGGCUUCAUCCUGAUCCUCAUCAUCAGCUGGCUGUUCUGGUUCACCUUGGUCGAGAUUCUGCCGGAGCCAAAGUACUACCAACAGUUGAGUCUGACGGCCAUCAAUGCGCUGGCCGUAUCCAUAUCGAUAGCCGUCCAGGAGCGACCCAUUUGCGAGACCACAAGGGUGUUCUUCAUGGGCCUCACGCUGUACGGCCUGAACGUGGUGGCCACGUACACGUCCAAGAUGAUAGCCACCUUCCAGGAUCCCGGCCAUCUCCAUCAGCUGGACGAGCUGACGGAGGUGCUGGAGGCGGGCAUUCCCUUUGGCGGCCAUGAGGAGAGUCGCGACUGGUUCGAAAACGACGACGAUAUGUGGAUCUUCAACAGGUACAACACCUCGCCGGAGUUCAUACCGCAGGCGGAGAACCUGGAGGCGGUGAAGUGGGGCCAGCGCUGCAUCCUCAGCAACCGGAUGUACACGAUGCAGUCCCCGCUGGCGGACGUCCUCUACGCCUUUCCCUACAACGUCUUCAGCAGUCCGCUGCAGAUGAUCAUGAAGGCGGGCUUCCCCUUCCUCUUCGAGAUGAACAGCAUCAUCCGCCUGAUGCGCGACGUGGGCAUCUUCCAGAAGAUCGACGCGGACUUCAGGUACAACAACACGUACCUGAACAGGAUCAACAAGAUGCGGCCCCAGUCCACGGACACGGCCAUCGUCCUGACCACGGAGCACCUGAAGGGACCCUUCUUCAUCCUGGUGGUGGGCAGUUGCUGCGCCGCCCUCACGUUCCUCGGCGAGCUGCUGAUCCGCAGCUGGCGAAGCCAUCUGGUCAGCAGGAGCAGCGAGCAGCAGGACAAGAGGAGGAGGAGGAGACAGCGCAGAGGAAGGAAACAGGCAAAGGACAACCGCUGGCAGCGCCAAGUUCAAGUGGCUCCAGUCGUUCGAUUUACGCCAGUCAAACGACACAAAGUUUUCCAGGGACAAACAAGUCAAAAGUAAACUAACCCAAACUAACUCCCUAGCUGGCUGCGAUAAAAUUGACUCAAUUCACAUAAAUUUGCAAUUGAGAGACACUGACUCUGACUCUGACUCCGAAUCUGACUGGCAAUCCCCAAGUCCCCCUCCUCCGCCGCUGUCUGGGGCGCUUGUCUGGUCUAUAGUCUAUAUAGUAUAUAGUAUGGUGGUCUGGUCUGGUCUGGUCCGUGCCGCUCGGGUCGCUUCUGUUACUUUUCACGCGAAAUACUUAAAAUCAGAGACAAAAUUCUAUUUUUGCAAACAACAACGGCGGGGAGUCUGUGCCCGUGUCCGUGCCUCUGGCAUUGGGAUUGGAAUUGGCAUCGGGGGGGUGGAGUGGACAGGAGAGUGGCGGGACAGGGGACGAGCUGCCUCCGCCUUCCGCAAAUUGACAAUCAGCUUUCCCAGCUUUCCCAGCUGCUUCGCUGUUUCGCUGCUCUGCUGGAAAAACACUGGGAAAACUCCGGGCGAAAACAGAGAUAAAGAACGAGUUAAGCAGAUAUCCCCAUAAGUGGCGCAUUCGCUGAUUGCAAAGGAAGUUACUGCAGCAGCCAAACAAAUAUCAGAAACUCCGAUAUCGGAUGGCCCAAGUUUCGCUUCGAGUCGAAAAUAUCCCAAAUGUAAUUGCAAGUAGCGCCGCGGAGAAGGGAGAACUUUUGCCGAAUGAUGUGAGUUACGGGAAAUAAAUACGCUGAUUCUUGGGGAAUCCCAUUGAAUGGGCACUAAGCUAGGUUGAUGGAGCUUAAAGCAUUCAUAUAAAAACGUGGAAAGUAAUAAAUAAAAUUGAAGAGCAUAC